GCCCGUCUGCACACACAGCCCGCCAAAAUGCUCCCAUUUACCUUCCGCGCCAUCCGCUCCCGCAGCGCUGCCCCCCUGCUCCGCGCAACCUACGCCUCGUCCCCAACAAGCUCAAACCAGGUUCCCGCCAACGACCCAGUCAAGCGCGAUGCGAAGCCAAAUGUCUCCGAGACCAAUGCCCUGCCCACCUCCUCAGGAGGCUCGUUCGAUAAAGUCUUGCAAGAAGAUGUUGCGCCAGCGGAGAAAAUGAGGACGCAACAGGCGCCCAACUACAAGGGCAUCUGGAGUCGGAGCCAGCAGCCGAGGGAGGUUGCGAUGAGUGGCCCGCGAUUCGAGCAGAGCAUCAUGGAAGAUCAGCCUCGACCCUACGCUGCUAUCGAGCUCAUCCAUAAGCAACCCGUUCGCUGGGUACACGACAGAAUGGUAUCGUGCGACGGUGGAGGUGGUCCCCUCGGACACCCCAGGAUCUUUAUCAACGUGGAUAAGCCACAGAUUUGCGCGUGCACAUACUGCGGUCUACCAUUCGCUAAUGAGCACCACCGAGCGCACCUCGAGUCCCUUCCCGAGUCGGAACUGUCAUACCCACUUGGCCCACGAGGUGAUGUAGCUGAGGUUUCAGAAUCACAAAGGGUUACGGAUGAGCCAUUUGGACAGCGGUAGAGAGCUUGUAUCCUGAAUGCGGGAUAGUGAUUGUAUAUAUGUAUUGCAAAGGAUGAAUCAAUUUCAAAUGCUUGAUAUGAAUCCCAUGGAUUCCAAUCUCUGACCGCAGUAAAGAAUAUCUAGUUGCUAAGAGACUGUCCGUUUUGAACUACAUGGAGGAAGAUAAUCGUAGGCUUGCAACUGUUCGAAUCGAUUGGCUUGACUAUCGGG